AUCAAACUACAAGUGGAAACCGGAAAUGUCAACAAAUAACCAAAUGUCAACAAUCGGUUCGGGAAGUUUAAAUUUUUUGUAAAGAAUAAAAGUGAUUGUACGUUAAAAAAUAGCUUAGAACGAUGAUAUUUAAUGAUAUUUGAUGCGAAAUUAUUCAUAGCACAAAAUGGAAGUUCCUGUUGUAGCCGAAGAACCUCCCAUCACUGAAGAGACUGAAAACGCAGAACUGGCCGACUCUGUAGAAAAUUUUGAAAAGUUUGUGUACGAAUUAUUCGAUAAAAACGGUGUACUCAAUGAUUUGAGGGCCUAUUUACGCGGGCACAUUGUAAAUGUACUAAAAAGCGCACAAACAGGUGAUCCACCACCAUGUCAGAGGCAUUUCACACAACGGCUUGACCUUACAUACCAGGCACUGAAUAUGUUAGUUGCUGAAUACUUGUUGCGUUUGGAGUUCAGCUACAGUCUAUCAGUGUUUGUAUCAGAGAUACCUCUGGCGAACAUGGUGUUUGAGUUUGCAAAGACUCUGAUGCGGAACAAUGAUGAGAACUUCACAUCGUUGAGGUUUCAGGAUAGCGAUGUGUGGUCCAUAUUGAAUUAUCUAGGUGUAAUGUGUGACUCGGAACAUUCAUCUAACAUUGUAGAAAUGUACAAAAGUGUGGAGACGUGUCCACUUUUACUGUGUAUAUUUAAAUGUAUACCUAUGUACAAUAAACCACAUGCAGUAAAUUCUUCAGAUGAAAGCAUAUCAUCCAGUGUCAAAUCAUCAGAUACAUUGGGUGAUAAAACAAAGAGUUCUCACAGAAAUCUACCGGUUCAUGAUAAAUGCAAGCAUUAUGCAUUGUGUUGGACUUGUCAGAGCAAAAUGAUUAGAGUGAAAGAGAAAUACUGUAAGAAGAAAAAGUCUUUGACGAAGAGUGUCAAAGAGACAAAACUAGAUCAGUAUAAUGUGGACUGUCUCAUGAAGAAUAUUGGCGUAUUGGAAAGGAGCCUCAUUGAUGAGAUGUUCCAGCAAUUGAAAUCAGUUUACGAAGCGGAAGUGGAAAUGGUGAAAGAGGAAGAGCAGAGGAAAGUAAAGCGGUCUUUGGCUACACACGCGUUGCAGCUGCAGAAACGACGGCAUGAUAUAGAAGAGUCGUUGAAAGCGCGGGAAGUGGAGUUAGAACUCGCGGUCCAGCAGAAGAAGAAGUUCCUGUGGGGGCUCGCGCGUGCGCUCCGCGACCAACACCGGCACGUCAGCCACGAGACAGAACGACUCACUGCCAAGGAAGACAGUCUUAAAAUUCAAUUAGGCGAAGCAGAGGAAAUUCUAAAACAACGAGGCGAAGAAGUGCGCUCGCAAAUAACAAGCGAACUGGCAAUACUAGAACAACAUUUAGAGUCGAUGAAAACAGAAAGAGAAAACAUCAACAGAGAGAGAACCGAACUGAACAACUUAAAAAAACACGAAAAAUCAACAAAAGAACACAACACUGAACACGAACAGUUGAAAUCUCAUUACGAUUUGUUGAAAAACGAAUUAUCGAUACUAAGGAAGUACUUGGAAUCGAUGUCGAUCCAGCCCAAAUGCGUUAUAGAGAGGAGCACUAUUACUGACUUGUACGAUGUGACGUCGAAGUUAAACGUAACUUUAAAUAAUGGGCAAGACGUUGAGUAUGCGAGACACGAUGGUAAAUUGAGAAGUAAUCAAGUGGUGAACGAUUUUAAGAAACAGAAGAAUGUUAAUUUUAGUCAGUUGCAGUCGAACCUGGACGAGAUAUACCGCGAGGCGAGUCAAGAGCGUCGCUCGUCGUCCAGCGAUGUUGGCGACAUGGGCCGAAUGGAACGGUUCCACGAGCAGGAAACAUUACGGCAGUUGAGGGACGAGAACCAGAGGCUCAAGACGUUUGCUGCACAGCAAAGCGAGCACAUCACGGAGCUCAGGUGUCAACAGGCACAAAUGCGGGCACAAUUAACGGCCGCACAGUUUCAACAGUCUACGACGGCCACCACCCAUCAGGGGCCCACAACCUACGCGGGACCCACUGUGCCUCCCACCUGCCGUCCUAGAACAGCGCCCGCCGUCGUACCUCCAGCUACUUACCUCGUCCACAGAAUGAGCACGAGCGCCAGUGCGCACGCGCUGAACCACGGCUGGCGUAAGGGCGCCGGCGAGGAGCUGAGUCUCUUCUCCAACGCUCAGCCGCGCAUCCUCGUGCCCGGAGACACCAUACCCUUCAUAGGAGUGCUGAAGGACCGCCACAACGACAAUAGGAGGCAUAUCGUCAACCAAUGGCGAAAUCUUAGACGUCGCACCUCGCCGAUAGGUGCCGUCGUGAAGCCAAGAAACAUUACAACCGCGCAAAGGGACAAGUUGUCAAAGGAGAGACCCGAGCCGUCCACUAGCCAAAUGGAUCCCAUAACGCAAAGUCAAAAUUUUCUUACCGAGACGCAGGAGUUUGAAAAUGACUCUUUGGAACCGACGAGCGGGAAUCGUUGUCAAAGACCGAAGACUGCCGUUGCCGACAAAAUGAGAGAGAAGAGUCCCAACACCGUCCUGAGGGAAGUAAAAAAUAAGUUGAGGACCAAGGAUAGCACGAAACGCCAAACGCCGACGGUAACGCGAGACAAAAGCCCCAACUCGGUACUUCGUGAAGCCAAGCUGCGUUUGAGGAAGUUGGAAAUCGAAGCCGAAGCCGUGGAGAAGUCGUAUCUGAACUUCAGGAAGCGACAGGCCGAGCUGAGAAAUGAACGGACCAGUUUCAGCGGGCCCACUGACGAGUCUGUCAUUAGAGAUAUUAGGAAUUUGGAAAUAAAAAGAAGUAGUUCACUGCAAAAAGUAGGCGAUACACAUAACACACAUAAAGACUUUAAAAUAUCGUACCUAGAAGCCGAUCAGAAAACAAUGAAUAAUGAUAUUGAUAAAUAUCUUAAAGAAUAUCAGACAAAAUACGAUAUAGGCGAAACAUAUUUUAAAAAUAAAAACGUUGCACAAAACAAAGCAAGUCCUAUUCCCGAGAGUUAUUCUGAGAUUGAAGACAAACGUUUGCCUGAUGAUUAUUUGGAAACGCCGAUUAUAGAGUUCAGAAAACUUUAUUACUCCGAAAAAUCUAGAUAUUAUGAUAGGAAUAAAGGUGACAAUAAACCGGAUGGAAAUAGGCCCAAUGAUUGUAUAGACAAAAUUGAUUCGGAGAAAUCCUUAGACGCUAACCGCGGAAAAGUCGAUUGUGAACCUGAAAAUCAAAACGACGACAAUAAAUUGGAUAAAGCAAUAACUGAAUUGGAAAUAUUAAAACAUAAUAUUAAUAAAAUAUAUGAUUUACCUGAUGAGCCAGAAGUUAAAAUUGAGGAAGAGGAGACUGGUUUACGUGACGAACUGUCGAAAACAGAGGCUGCAGAAGACAAGAAUUUACUUCGAGUAGAAGUAGAGAGCGUCAGCGAAGUUAACGAUAUCAAAGUAACAGAAUCUCAGACGCAAGACUUAUUGCUCGUAGUCCAAAGUCCCAUUGAAGUUGGAGAUACUUUAGAAUCCGAUUCUGACGAGAAACUUUCUCCGCAGAUGACAAUUAUUGUAAGUCCCAAACGAAGUAGUCCAAAGGGACCGAACGAUAUGGACUCCCUUGGGUCCAGAAGCCUAUCGCCAGUUCAAGCCAGGUUGACGAGAAAUGACGUAAUCGAUGCCAUUUUCCGUGCAGAUCCUGAAAAUCAGUUGUCAAGUGUACAGAUGCAGUUAGAACUUUCUAAGGAUAUUCUAGAAGAUUCUAUUACAGAAUCAGAAAAGGGUGAAAUCGGAGAAUACCCCGACGACUUCUCAGCUGAUGUGGACAAUUAUAACAGCCGGUCAGAUUACGAGAACAAUUCACCUAUCUCAAUACCAAAGACGUCUGAAGACGAAAACUUCUGGGAUUCAUAAAUUAUACAGUAU